AUGAUAUGCCAGUUCACAGAAUUCAGCAUCUUCCAUUGCCGUGCUCUUGUGUCAUGGUCAGGCACCAGAAUCUCUAGACGUGACGAAGGUGAAGGAGCUGAUUCUAAAGGUACAAGCCCUUUCGCUCUCUCUUCCAACAGUUCGACUGGUAGACGUUCUGUAAGGAACUUGAAGUCCAAAUUGGCUUCUGGGCCAAGCAAAAGAGGUCCUGGCCAUGUUUGAGUUCAUUUUCUUCACCAUUGUUUCUCUUCCCCAAACUUGCUGUUGUUUUCCAUGUUCAUGUUUUUGUUCCCAGAUUAGUUUUCUGUCUGAGCAACACAUGGUGCAAUAUAGUUCCUAGAGCCUAGAGGUGAAACCCAGGCCCUGGGUGUGUGUUAACAUUGAGAAGCUUCGAAUUUAAGCAACAAAAGCCCACUAGGACGGAGGAUAUAUAUUUUUAGGUAGA